GUCAAUGAAUGUGAUGGCACGGGGGCAUUAACGGAGCCGGAGGGUGGAGGUUCGCAGGGUGGAGGAGGGAACUCCCACUCGGAGGCGUUUCUUCAGUGACACCGUAAACCGGGACAACAGCGACUAUGAGCGGCCGCAGUCUCCGCGAGCGCACGUAAAGAAGGUGUCCGCGCGCCGGGAUGACUUCAAACGAGUGAAGCGCGCGAGUCAUUUAAAAAAACACACCGUCAUUAAGGAGCCACGCGCCUGCUGCACGUGUUACCGCGAGCUCCGAGCUGCUUCACGGUGUUACCGUCGUCUUCAGUCGGUGUUUACACGGAACGUGACCUUUGAUUCACCGGAUAUAACGGCGAACCGCGGAGCAGCGCGCGGCCACAGUCUGGAAGUCUCAGUCAGUUGAUGUGUUAGGACACGAUGUCUUCCCCCCGCUGCUUCCAGCUGCUGCUGUCCUGCAUCCUGCUGGUUCUGCUGGUCCAGUUUCCUCGGGCUCAGUCCAGACCGGCCACAGAGGAUACGGACACAGCCGACGCUGUUAAAUCCUCUGAAGACGAAGAAGACGACGAGUCAUCCUCAGAGGAAAACAAACUGUCCAACGAGCUGUCAACGAGCAACGAGAAGCUGCAGUCGUUGGCGCCUCAGUGGGUGAUGCCAGAGAAGAUGGAGAAGCAGCUCCACGCCGUCCCUGCCAGCAGGACCGUGAAGUUUCGAUGCCAGGCGGUCGGAAACCCCGUUCCCUCCCUGCGCUGGUACAAGAACGGGAAAGAGUUCAGGAAGGACCAAAGGAUCGGAGGGUUCAAGAUCAGAGACCACAUGUGGACUCUGAUCAUGGAGUCAGUGGUUCCGUCUGAUAAAGGAAACUACACCUGCGUGGUGGAGAAUGAACACGGCAGCCUGAAGCACACCUACCUGCUGGAUGUAGUCGAGCGCUCUCCUCACAGGCCGAUCCUGCAGGCCGGCCUGCCGGCUAACCAAACGGCGGUCGUUGGCAGCGACGUGGCGUUCGUGUGUCGAGUGUUCAGCGACCCGCAGCCUCACAUCCAGUGGCUCAAACACAUCACGGUCAACGGCAGCAGAGAGGGACCGGACGGACACCCGUACGUCCGCGUUCUCAAGUCUGCAGGUUUGAACACGACCAAUAAAGAAAUGGAGGUGUUGACUCUGAGGAACGUCACCCUGAAUGAUGCGGGGGAGUACACCUGCCUGGCAGGAAACUCUAUCGGAUUCUCUCAUCACUCGGCGUGGCUCACCGUCGUCAACGACCUGCCACCGUCCCCGCUGCCCUCUCAGACGUACCUGGAGAUCUUCAUCUACUGCCUCGGCUUUUUCAUCAUCAUCAUCCUCACGGCCACGGCAGUCAUCUGCAGACUGUGCUGCGCGCCGAAGAAGAGCGACUUCAGCAGCCAGUUAGCUGUCCAGAAGCUAGCCAAGAGCAUCCCUCUGAGGAGACAGGUGUCGGUCGAGUCCUCGUCCUCCCUUCAGUCUGGGAUGUGUUUGAUGCGUCAGUCUCGUCUCUCCAGCGCCGCCACCACCAUCCUGGCAGGAGUGUCGGAGUACGAACUUCCCUACGAUCCCGUCUGGGAGCUGCCACGUGACAGGCUGACGCUGGGGAAGCCUCUGGGUGAAGGAUGUUUCGGUCAGGUGGUUCUGGCGGAGGCUGUCGGAGUUGACAAAAAUAAACCGACGCGCCUCACGAAGGUCGCCGUGAAGAUGCUCAAAGCGGACGCCACAGAGAAGGAUCUGUCCGACCUGAUCUCCGAGAUGGAGAUGAUGAAGAUGAUCGGGAAACACAAGAACAUCAUCAACCUGCUGGGCGCGUGCACGCAGGACGGCCCUCUCUAUGUGGUGGUGGAGUACGCCUCGCAGGGGAACCUGAGGGAGUGUCUCCGCGCCCGGCGACCCGUUGGGUUGGAGUACUGGAGCGGAUCCAGGCAGGUUUCUCUGGGCAGCUUUGAGCUGAUGGAGCUGGUGUCUGCGGCGUACCAGGUGGCCCGAGGAAUGGCGUACCUCGCCUCGAAGAAGUGUAUUCACAGAGACCUGGCAGCCAGAAACGUUCUCGUCACAGAAGAUAACGUGAUGAAGAUCGCCGACUUCGGCCUGGCUCGAGAUAUCCACCACAUCGACUACUACAAGAAGACCACUAACGGUCGACUGCCCGUCAAGUGGAUGGCACCAGAAGCUUUGUUCGACCGAGUCUACACGCACCAGAGUGAUGUGUGGUCAUUCGGAGUCUUGCUGUGGGAGAUCUUCACCCUCGGUGGGUCUCCUUACCCCGGGGUCCCCGUGGAGGAGCUCUUCAAGCUGCUGAAGGAAGGACAUCGCAUGGAAAAACCCUCUGCAUGCACUCAGGAGCUGUACCUGAUGAUGAGAGACUGCUGGCACGCCGUCCCAUCUCGCAGACCGACUUUCCAACAGCUGGUGGAAGAUUUAGACCGCACUCUGUCUCUGAUGGCGAACCAGGAGUACCUGGAUCUGGCCGUUCCUCUCGUCCAGUAUUCUCAGGUCGGCUCUUCUGUCUCGGCUCAUUCCUGUAACUCCACAUAGGCGUCGUGGGACUCGUUCCCUUCCUGGAUCACCUUCAUACCGCUUCCUCUGCUGCGCGGGGCGGCGGUAAAUCCCCAGACGAGGCCGAGCAGAGGAGCUCGGACGAGCUGCUUCACUGCCGUCUAUCAGCAGCAGCCUGAUGUGAAGAACAGCUGGACCGAGCCGGACUCCCCAGCAAGGCCUCAGGAAGCAGCUCACACACCAUCCCAUUCAUAAAGGGUGCAAAGACUGAGUUCACCCGCUGAUAGAAGACUGUGGGAGCCGGGCUCGGCUCCGGUUCUGCCCAUUGCAUUACUGCUUUGGUAAUGUUAAUAAUAACGUCAGUGUGAAUAUUGUAAAUAAUAGUUUUGUGUUAUAUGGAAGACCAAACUGGACGUAUAAGAGAUGAAGGGACAAUUAGAUGAAUUUAAUACACAACUAUCUAAAUAAAUCUAUAAAUGUUAAAUUUGACUUUUUGUUUCUGCCAGGAAUUAAUCACAUUUAUAGAUUUAUUUCUCAAGUUCUCUUUGUGCAUUUGUAUUCAUUUAUUUAUUUCCCACUAAUAUUUAUGUUUCUCAGUCUGCAGUGAUGUCAUGUUGCCAAAGAUGUUCUGAUCUGCCAGUGUUACAGUUCCACAUUGCACUUAUCCUCCAGCUGAUCGCAGCCUGCCAUUGACAGAAAAUGCUUCUAGUUGAAUGUGUCAAAUAACUAACAGUAUUAAAAUCCUUUUGAA